UGCGGAAAUUGACAUUUCUGGACGGUCCCUGUUACGCCACUUGCCACACCGUGUUUAUUACCUGGAACGUUGAAGGGCGCGCAGUGGCUACCUUUCAGUGCGACAUUCCUCUCCUCUCGUGGUCCUUAGCAGUGAGCAUGACUCUGUGUCUGGGAUGUCUGUCCGUUCUCGUGGCUCUUGCUUUAUCAGUUUAUGUUCUGCAAAAACUCUGCUUCCCAUACUUUUGGAGAGAUCUUCUUUUUCUGCAGAAAGUCGUCAGAUACGGUGUGAAACUGGAGGUAUUCAAGCUGACUUCCAGCGUGCGCACGGUCCUGGACAGGUUCCUCCAGCAGGUACAGCGCAUCCCGGACAAACCGUUUGUAAUCUACGACGGGAACGUCCACACCUACCGGGACAUUGAUCGGCGUAGCAAUAGACUGGCAAAUGUGUUCCUGGAGAAAGCCAACUUGAGGAAAGGAGACUGCGUUGCCUUGCUCAUGAACAACGAGCCCGACUUUUUGUGCGUUUGGUUCGGGUUAGCGAAGGUCGGCUGCUCGGUUGCUUUCCUCAACACUAACAUCAAGUCCAAGUCUCUGUUGCACUGCUUUAACUCCUGUGGAGCUAAAACUCUAAUAGUUGGUUCAGACUUAGUGGAAGACCUGGAUGGCAUCCUAAACAGUCUGCUGUCGGACAACAUCCAGGUGUGGGCAAUGAGGAGCUGGACCAAACACACGGAGGUGCACUCUCUGCUGGAUAAGCUUGAAUCUGCAUCUGAGAAGCCUGUACCAGCAGCACUGCAUGCUGCCACUUCUCUCAAAACUCCUACACUCUACAUCUUUACGUCAGGAACAACUGGUCUUCCUAAGGCUGCAGUGAUCUCUCACCUCCAGAGCCUGAAGGCAGCAGCAGGUUUUUGGGCAUUUGGGGCAACUGAAGAUGAUGUAAUUUAUGUCACCUUGCCACUCUAUCACAGCGCAGCAUCCCUUAUUGGUGUAGGUGGAACUAUAGAGCUAGGCGCAACCUUAGUCUUGAAGAAGAAGUUCUCAGCCUCUCAGUUCUGGAAUGACUGCAGAAAACAUGAUGUUACUAUUUUCCAGUAUAUUGGUGAACUCUGCAGGUACCUCUGCAACCAGACAAAGACAGAGCUUGAUAAAGUUCAUAAGGUGCGGAUGGGAGUGGGAAAUGGGCUGCAUCAGGAUGUGUGGCAGGAGUUCCAAAGUCGCUUUGGGAAAAUCAAAAUGUGUGAAGUAUAUGGCUCCACUGAAGGAAAUCUGUGUUUCAUGAACCACAUUGGCAAGAUUGGAUCAGUAGGCCGCUCCAACUUCUUUUACAGGCUCCUGUUUAAGUAUGAUUUGGUGAAGUAUGACAUUGUGAAAGAUGAACCAGUGAAAGAUCAGUAUGGUUUCUGCCGGCGAGUGGACAAGGGUGAGAUGGGGCUUUUACUUUCCAAGGUCAGCGCUAUUAGCCCAUUCUUUGGCUACGCUGGAAGCAAGGAACUGACUGAAAAGAAGCUGAUGAGAAAUGUGUUUGUCAAGGGUGAUGCCUACUUUAACACAGGCGAUCUCAUGGCGGAAGACCAUGAGGGCUUCAUUUUCUUUAGAGACCGAGUCGGAGACACAUUCAGGUGGAAGGGUGAAAAUGUAGCCACGACAGAGGUGACAGAGAUUCUUGGGCUGGUAGAUUUUAUCCAAGAAGUCAACGUGUAUGGAGUGCAAGUACCAGGACACGAGGGCAGAGGAGGAAUGGCAUCAAUCAUUGUAAGACCGGGCUUCAUAUUUGAUGGAAAGAAGCUGUUUGAGCAUGUAGUGAGGGAUCUACCAGGAUACGCUCGUCCACUUUUCAUAAGGCUUCAGGAGGUCAUGGAAACGACAAGUACCUUCAAACAGCAAAAGUUCCAUCUGGUGCAGAGUGGUUUCAACCCCUCAAAAGUCAGUGAUCCUCUCUAUGUGUUGGACUACAAGCAAAAGAGCUACAUUCCUCUGACAGACACGAUCUACCAGAGCAUCAGUGCUGGAGAGCACAAGCUAUAGAACUCACAAGUAUGAGUGUGACUAUACAGUUUUAAAUAGUGCACAAGAGUUUGAAAAUGUUUAAUGAAUAUUAAACAUCUGACACAUAAUAUGAACCUGAAUGUGUUACUAUGUCACAGCAAUCCAAUGACUAAGCCUAAUGAAGUACUUCAAAUGGAAAACUAGAAAAGAUCUUCAGAUCUUUUGGAUUUGAUGACACUGUAGAUAUUAGUAGUAAUAAUAAAUGCAAUUUUGGAAGAAUUCAGACAAUAAAUUAUACCUUUUUACAUCA